AUGUCCCGCUCAAACCAAAUAACAACCCCACAAUCCACCACCACAACCACAACCUCAACACCUCGCCCCUCCUCAACCCUACCCACACCCCUCCCCCAAACCCUCCGCCUCCGAGGCGACGACAGCGCAACCGGCAGCGCAAGGACCAGCGCCGAACCCGAACCCGAAUCAUCCCGCCGCAUAAGAUGGAGCACCGACGUCGUCGACAACGAAGGAAUGGGCAAGAAGAGUUCAAAAGUAUGCUGCAUAUACCACAAAACCCGCCCAAUAGGCGAAAGUAGUUCCGAAUCAUCCAGUUCCGACGACAGCGACAGCGACAGCGAGAGUGAGAAUGAGGCUGAUCGGCGGCGCCUUCGGAGAGUUGGCGGCGGGCGUGGACAUGGGCAUGGGCAUGGGCACGAGCAUGGGGAUGGAGAUGAAUGCGGACACGGGCACGAACACUCGCCUAAACAGAGGAAGACCAAGCCAAGGAGGAAACCCAGUCCGAACGCUUAUGAGAAGAUGCCGAAGUCUAAGCCCGCGGGGUCUUGA